GAACACAUCACAUAUCUUGGUGAGAUACACCUAUUCUGCGCUUGAUCCUGGCUGGCCCUUUACAGGGCGUAUCUCUGAUUACUCCUUCUUGACUCCGUGAGACCCGUCAGUCUCCCUUUUCGAAAACCGUCCGAUCGCCAAGGUAAUCCAGUACUCCCAAGCGGUAUCCGCCCGGACUAACCCACCAGGAUGUCAGGAAAUUCUGGGAAUCCACCAGGGGACCCAGGAAAUCCAGGCAACUCGAGCAACUUGAGAAACUCUGGGAACUACGACUAUCCUCCCGCCUCGUUGUGGCCGCGACCCUCUCGUCUUUAUGACGGUCAACUGAGUCAACAGUCAUUCCGUGAACGAUAUCCACACACCCAAGACCUGAUCGACACCUUGAAUGCCCAGCAGAAUCGGCUUAAUGCUGACACGAAUACCUCACCUUGGCUCCGUUUAAUAGAGAACGUGGGAAGCGGUGAAUCGACGGAGUCGCUGGCCGAGCUGCAUAGGAUAUCCGAAGAACAUAUGGACCAGACUGGUGGGACGCCUCGAGAGAACCAACGAGCCACUGAGACUGCUAGGCCAUCUACUGGAGCCCGUCUACAUUACUUGCGGAGUCUUCUUCAUUCCGGAAGGAACCGUUCCAACGCCGACGAAACCUCCCGUGCUUUGGAAACCUUGGACAGGGAAAUUGAAGAGCACAACCUCGACCAGAUUCGGGAUCGCAACAGCUCCAACGAAUCUCGUUCUGGAGAGCCAGUUUCCUUCAACAUACCGCGCCCACCGCAGAUCGAUUUCGCUUCUCUGAGGUCGAGUCACAGAACGCUGUGGGAUCAAGUGCGGGCCGAGUUUGGUAUCAAUGCCCAAAGUCCCGCCCGGGCAAAUUCUUAUCAAGAACCUUCGCGCCCAACAACGAGCAGCAGAAGUCUUCGCCGUCGCUCGUUCCGUCCUGAUCUGCGAGGCAGUAGCAAUCUCAACGACCCGAUUCCUAUUCCCUCCCUCAUGCCGCGGUCAGCCUCUGCUUCCUCGGGCCGCGAUGGCCGUGGACGGUUGAAGCGACGGAAGCUUGAUGCGGAUGAUAACCGAGAAGGUUUCCGGGGUUUCAACUAUGGCCAUAAUGGCCAGGUAGUUCCCGGCCCUCUGCAGAUGGAGAUUGCCAGCUGUGAUGGGGGGAUCUACGAUCCUGAUGGAGAUAGCUCAUUCCCGGACAAUGUUCUUCAGAAUGACCAGUCAGUCUACUGCACCAAGUCCGACCGCUGUAAUAUUGUCCUUCGGCAUCGUGGUGAGGCACCUUUCUGCCUGAAGAAGAUCGUUAUCAAAGCUCCGCGGACUGGAUUUGAUUCACCAAUUCAAGAAGGAAUGGUAUUCGUGUCCAUGACGUCCGAUGAAUUGCUUGCUCGCACCGCCCAGUAUCAAAUUCAAUACUCCAGUCCUCGUCGCCGCCGUCGCAAUCGCCGAUCAGGCUUGCAGCCAUCUCAGGAAUACCUCAACUCUUAUCGAUCUCCGCUGCAAUCUCUUGAUCGAACCGUGCUCAUGGGACCUGCUUCGCACUCCGCCUCAGAGAGCGAGAACGCCAACCGGAAUGUGAACGACCCACAGGCCGAUUUCCGCAUCACUACCGAGUACGAUGAAUAUCCGGAGGACAAUUUAUUCAUGGAGCGGGAAGACGAGGACCGUCCAUCGGUCGCUGAGCUGGAGCAAGUCCAAGAAGACGACGAUCUCUGCUCGGAGAGUGAGGACAGUAUCAGUGAGGAUGAGGAUCUCGACGAUGCUAAUAUGAGUAAUGUCCACCGACGCCGUAUCGAGCUACAACGCCUCCAGUCCGCGCAGAGACGUCGCCCGGCCAGUCUGGUUAACCCAAUUCCACCUCCCUCGUCGGCUCCAACAGGGUCCAGCGGAACCUCUCCACCCUUUGAAGUGUUGAAACCCCAUGCGCGGUUCUUCAUUGAGCGAGAGAAGAGCAUGGUCAGCAUCAAAUUCGACCCACCUCCUUCGGGACGAUUCAUUCUCAUCAAACUGUGGAGCCCUAGGAGUGAUGGUAACAUCGAUAUUCAGAGCAUCAUCGCCCAUGGAUUUGCAGGACCACGGUUUUUCCCGAGUGGUGGAUUCCGGUAAUGCGAUUGACAUUUGUGUGAUGGCAGUAGAUGCCAUUUUUCGGUUUGCGAUGAAAUGAUAAACGAUGCUACGACACAGGAUUCGGGAUUUUCGUUUUGGUUGGGCGUUUGCAAAUAUUUGUUUCAUGGUAAUGAAACGCCCCUUGGAAUGCCUUCUUCUUCUUCAUAUUCAUGCAGCUGCUGUUUCCUUGUCAUGACCCCGAUCAUACCGUCCCCCCUUUGUGACUUCACCUAGAGACACCCAGGUAGUGCCUCAAUUUCUUUGCUAAACCCGCUAUCAGCACACGUCUGCGCUGUGUCAAGUGUCAAUCGACACUAUCCUAUGGGCACAGUGGAAGCUAAACCAACUGGUAAAUCCUUGGUGUACACCCAAAUGAUCCGUACAAGCUCAAGGGUGAUUUUAGCGCUGCAUUCAUUGUGUACUAAUAACACUCCUCUAGAGCCCACGGUAUUCUGUCUUGAUUUACUUUCAAUCGUUUACUUAGACCUUACAAAUUUUGAGUUGGGUAAUUGCUCUAGCACAAUCAUACCUUAAAGCACCCAGACGCGGUCCUGACUAAGCGUGAUCCGAUUCCACGGGCUAGGCCCAUGCCAAUGCGGGAUGCCCCACCGGCUAGGCCGAUUCUGGGACAGUGGUGUAGCUUAAUUGUCAUUGAGAUUCAAGGCCACUUUUUAAAAGAAAAGGUGGGAGGGGAGGAGGAAGGAAGGUACAAGGACAAGGCAUUUCAAAAGACG